AUGCCGCAGUGCUGGCACCAAACUGAUUUUGCAUCAAAGAGCGAGCCCGAACCUGAGCAGUGGAUUGAAGGAGUUAUCACGGACCUAGGCGGGGAUAAUCCAAAGGCGACAGGGAUGGCCAUCAAGAGACUACAGACUAUUCUAGACUCGCUGGACCAGUCAUCAGGCAUGGCGAUGCAGAUUUACUGGUCGUAUAUAGCUAUGGCUACUGAUGCAUCCAUUCCAUCACCAUCUCAGCUGGCUCUGCACCACAUUGCCAAGUUGACGGGUAACGUUCUUUUUAAGUUAUUUUCCUACCCUCGUCUGGCGCUAGCAGUACUACAGAGCAUAAUGAGCACAUUGCUUGAAGAACAGAUUCGUCGAAUCGUCGGCUUUGCAUUGAAGCCAGACAAGCAUGGUGUGUGCCACUUUUGUGAUAGAGAGCAGCUGUUCAAGGGGCUCCACGCGCUUAUCAUCAGGAUUCUGGACAAGGCUGACCGCACUCGUGCGUUUUAUCAUUGA